AUUCAGAUCAGAAAAAUCACCUGCAUGGCUUUGAUCAAGAUGCUGAAACAAUGAUUAAGAAGGUCAAGCAAGCAUUGGCUAAUGGAGAAGGAUGUCGGGUUUAUGGGGUCUUGGAUGUCCAAAGAGUUGCUGGGAACUUCCAUAUCUCAGUUCAUGGGUUGAACAUUUUUGUUGCACAAAUGAUUUUUAAAGGGCCCAUUCAUGUCAAUGUGAGCCAUAUUAUUCAUGAUUUAUCAUUUGGGCCAAAAUAUCCUGGAAUUCACAACCCACUUGAUGAGACUUCACGGAUUCUGCGUGGUUCAAGUGGAACAUUCAAAUAUUACAUAAAGAUUGUUCCAAUUGAAUACAGAUACUUAUCAAAAGAAGUUUUACCAACUAAUCAAUUCUCAGUCACGGAAUAUUAUUCUCCUACGAACGAAUAUGAUAGGACUUGGCCAGCUGUUUACUUUCUGUAUGAUCUGUCACCAAUUACUGUGACCAUCAGAGAGGAACGUCGCAGUUUUCUCCACUUCAUCACUCGGCUUUGUGCAGUAUUGGGCGGUACAUUUGCCUUAACAGGUUUGUACUAUUCUCUUUACUCUGCUUUUUGGAAUUUGGGAAAAAGUUGCACACACUGAAGAAUGAGGAUCUGG